AUGAAGCUUAAUCCUCUUUCUUGCCAUAACAGAAAAGAUAAAUAAAAUGGCAUUCGGCUCGAGAGAAAUUAGCUCUGCUAAUUUUUUCUCUCCCUCAUGGAAUUUUAUUUAUGGGAUUGGAUUUUCUCUCGAGAACUUCUGCACAGCAAUAGCAGUUUAAAUUUGGGGAUAACCAGAUGAACUACUCCUCAGUGCAUUCAAGAGGAUCAGGGACUUACCUCUCAGCACAUCUCCACGGGAAGAUGACCCUUAGGUGGGAGCUGAGUCAGGGCAAGGCAACGGCAAUGCGCCAGGUGCGGCGACUGGAGGCGAAGCUUUGAUAGAAGGCUUGGCCGGUCGGCUGAUCCGCGAUUCCGAGAUGGAUCUGUGACUUCACUAGUCUGCUAUAGUCCUAUUCAUUAGGGUGCGGCACUAGACACCUUAAAUACCAUAUAUUAAGUUAAGUUAAGCCAUAACAGAAAAGAGCACUCGAAGUCCUUUUUUGAAUGCAAAAUCAUAGAGAAAAAAUCAAUGCUCAUUAGCGAAUCACACAGAUUAAUACAUCAAUCUAAAAAACUCACUCCUCCCCUUUAAAUUGGAACAAAAUAUAGGUAAAAUUUCCACUUUUUUGGUAAAUUAGCCCCCUUUAAAUUGGAACAAAAUUUAAUUUUAUAAUAAAAAAUUUUAUAUAUAAAAAUCAUAAUUUUUAUGUAAAAACUUUUGAUAUAAUUUAAAUGUUUCUUCUUAACUAAAAUUAAAAAUUUAGUUAUAUCCUGCUCUUGUUUAAAGAAUAGAGUAUAAAGAGCAUCUUAUUUAAAUAAAUUUUUUUCCUAAUUGCUAAAUUUUUCAAAAAAUUUAAUUUUUUUUUUAAAAAAAGUUUUAUUUUUUUGAUAAAAAUGAUAUUUUUUAUUUAAAUAAUUUUGAUAUAAAUUCAAUGUGAAUUCUUUACAAAAAUUUAAAAUUUACUUAUCUCUUGCUUUAUUUUUAAAGAAUAGAGUAUAAAUGGCAUCUCAUUUAAAAAAAAUUAUUACUUGAUUAAUAAAUUUUCUAAAAUUUUUUUUUUUAAUUUUUUUAUCAAUAAAAAUAAUAAUUUUUGUGUAAAUAAUUUUGAUACCAAUUAAUAGUGGCGUUUUAAUUAAUAAUAAAAAUUUAGUUAUAUCUUGCUUUCUUUUAAAGGAUAAAGAGUAAAUAGCAUUUUAUUAAACAAAUUUAUUAAUCUAAUUCGAUAUAUUUUUGUAAUUUUUUUUUUUUAAAUUUUUUAUAUAAAUCUUUUUUUUUUAUAAAAAAUUUUAUAUUGAUUUUUUUUAAAAAAAUUUUCUUAACCCCCCUUUAAAUUGGAACAAAAUUUUUUGUUCCAAUUUAAAGGGGGGGAGUCAGGAAAACGUCUUCAACAGAAAACAAGCCAUACAGGCAUUGGCAAAACUAUGAGCCAACAAUUACAAAUAAUUCUUUCAGUAUGUGCAAGCUGAAUAAAAUUAAAUGAAGAUCUCCUUUGUUAGAGAAUCCAACAGUUCCAAAAACACCAUCACUUCUGCCGGCAGCCAGAGAUUUCAGAAUGGCAGGAAACAGAGUAAAACCAUUUGUAUCUUCAUAUGCUGAUUAUGUCAAAAGAGAAAUCGAAAAAGAAAAAAUCCACCGAAAAUACUUUAGAUCAUUGCUUUCUGCAAUUAAUAACAGAGAAUCUCAAACUGAUGAGUACAAAGGAAGAUUAACUCCCGUAUUCUAA